AUGUUUCUUUUCUUUUUUUGUCUAUUUUCUUUCUUUAACAUGUUUCUUUUCUUUUUCUUCUUUCUUUGUAUACUUCUUGUUUCCUUUUUCCUUUUAAUUGUUUUCUUUUUCGCUUUUACUUCCUCCUUUGUAUACUUCCGUUUUAGUGUUUCCUUUUUCCUUUUAAUUGUUUUCUUUUUUCACUUUUUCUUCUUUCUUUGUAUACUUCCUGUUUCCUUUUUCCUUUUAAUUGUUUUCUUUUUCGCUUUUACUUCCUUCUUUGUAUACUUCCGUUUUAGUGUUUCCUUUUUCCUUUUAAUUGUUUUCUUUUUUCACUUUUUCUUCUUUCUUUGUAUACUUCCUGUUUCCUUUUUUCCUUUUAAUUGUUUUCUUUUUACACUUUUUCUUCUUUCUUUGUAUACUUCCUGUUUCCUUUUUCCUUUUAAUUGUUUUUUUCGCUUUUUCUUAAUUAUUUUCUUCCCUCUUCUUCUUUGUUGCUUUAUUUUUCUUUUGUUUCUUUUUCUAGUGUCCUUUCUUUAUUUUUGUUUCUAUUUUCCUGCCUCUUGUUUGUUUUAUUCCUUUUUCUUUUUUCUUUUUCUUCCUCCUAUACUUUCUUUUCUUGCUUCUUUUUUCUUUCUUUAUUAUCUUCUUUUUUCUCUUUCACUUUUCAUUUUCAUUUUCUUAUGUUUCUUGAUUUAUUAUUCUUAUUAUUUUUUCUUGUUUAUUUUUAUCACUUUCUUUUCUUUAGUUUUAUUGCUUCUCUUUUCUCUUUCAUUUCAUUCUUUUCCUUUCAUCAUUUUCUUGAACAUGUUUCUUUUUUCUUCCUUCCUUCCUUUCUUUUCAUCUCUUUCUUUUCUCUUGUUUUAUUGUUUGCCUUUUCUCGUUCAUUUUUCUUUUCUUUUUUUCUUUGAAUUUUUUUUACAUGAUUUUUUAUUUUUUGGUUAUUUUUUACUUUUGUCUGUUUUCUGUGUUUUUAUUGUUUCACAUUUUUCUUUAUUUUCUUUUUCUUUGAUGUGUUUCUUUUUGGCUUCGUUUCUUUUUUUAUUCCUGAUUCUUUUCUCUCUUUUACCGUUAUUUUAUCUCCAGUUUUUGCUUCUUUCUUUUUCUUUCUUUCUUUUAUGUGCUUCUUUUUGUUUCGUUUCUUUUUUGUCCUGGUUCUUUUCCCUCUUUUACCGUUAUUUUAACUUCAGUUUUAUAAUUCUGUCUUUUUCUUUUUUUCCUUUAUGUGUUUAUUUUGGUUUCGUUUCUUUAUUUUCCUGUUUUUUUUUCUCUUUCUUUUAUCUUUUGUUUCUUUUUCUUUGUUUCUUUUAUGUGUUUCUUUUUUGUUUCGUUUCUUUUUUUCCUGUUUUUUUUUCUUUCUUUUAUCGUUAUUUUAUCUCCAGUUUUUCUUUCUUCUUUCUUUUUCUUUCUUUCUUUAAUGUCUUUCUUUUUGGUUCCGUUUCAUUUUUGUCCUGGUUCCUUUUCUUUCUUUUACCGUUAUUUUAUCGACAAUUUCGUUUCUUUUAUGCACUGGUUCUUUUCUUUCUUUUAGCGUUAUUUUAUCUCAGUUUUUUUCCCUCUUUCUUUUUCUUUGUUUCUUUUUGGUUUCGUUUCUUUUUUGUCCUGGUUCCUUUUCUUUCUUUUACCGUUAUUUUAUCUACAGUUUGUUUGCUUCUUUCUUUUUCUUAUUUUUUUUUCUGUUUCUUUUUAGUUUCGUUUUUCUUUUUUUUUCCUUGUUCAUUGUCUUUCUUUUACUGUUAUUUUAUCUCCAGUUUUUUGCUUAUUGCUUUUUCUUUAUUUCUUUUAUGUGUUUCUUUUUGGUUUCGUUUCUUUUUUUGUCCUGGUUCUUUUCUCUCUUUUACCGUUAUUUUAUCUCUACUUUUCUUGCUUCUUUCUUUUUCUUUAUUUCUUUUAUGUGUUUCUUUUUGGUUUCGUUUCUUUUUUGUCCUGAUUUCUUUUUCUUUCUUUUACUGUUUUAUUUUUAUCUCAGGUUUUUUGUUUCUAUCUUUUUCUUUUUUUCUUUCAUCCCUUUUUUCCUCUUUCACUUUUCUCACUUUUUUCUUUUCUUCUUCUUUUCUCUUCUUCUUUUCUUCUUCUAGUUCUCACUUUUCUUCUUUUCUUCUUCUUCUUCUAGUUCUCACUUUUUCUUUUCUUCUUCUAGUUCUCACUUUUCUUCUUCUUCUUCUUCUUCUAGUUCUCACUUUUCUUCUUCUUCUUGUUCUUCUUCUAGUUCUCCCUUUUCUUCUUCUUCUUCUUCUUCUAGUUCUCACUUUUUCUUUUCUUCUUCUUUUCUCUUCUUCUUUUCUUCUUCUAGUUCUCACUUUUCUUCUUCUUUUUCUCUUCUUCUUUUCUUCUUCUCACUUUUCUUCUUCUUCUUCUUCUAGUUCUCACUUUUUCUUUUCUUCUUUUCUCUUCCUCUUUUCUUCUUCUAGUUCUCACUUUUCUUCUUCUUCUUCUUCUUCUUCUUCUAGUUCUCACUUUUUAUUUUCUUCUUCUUUUCUCUUCUUCUUUUCUUCUUCUAGUUCUCACUUUUCUUCUUCUUCUUCUUCUUCUUCUAUUCUCUUCUUCUUUUCUUCUUCUUCUUCUUCUUCUUCUAGUUCUCACUUUUCUUUUUCUUUUCUUCUUUUCUCUUCUUCUUUUCUUCUUCUAGUUCUCCUUUUCUUAUUCUUCUUCUUCUUCUUCUUCUAUUCUCACUUUUUCUUUUCUUCUUCUUUUCUCUUCUUCUUUUCUUCUUCUAGUUCUCACUUUUCUUCUUCUUCUUCUUCUUCUUCUAGUUCUCCCUUUUCUUCUUCUUCUUCUUCUUCUUCUUCUUCUAUUCUCACUUUUCUUUUUCUUCUUCUUCUUCUUCUUCUUCUUCUAGUUUUCACUUUUCUUCUUCUUCUUCUUCUAGUUCUCACUUUUUUCUUUUCUUCUUCUUUUCUCUUCUUCUUUUCUUCUUCUAGUUCUCAUUUUCUUCUUCUUCUUCUUCUUCUAUUCUUCUUUUUCGUCUUCUUCUUCGUCGUCUUUUUUCUUCUUCUUCUUCUUUUUUGUCUUCAUCGUCUUUUUUCUUCUUCUUCUUUUUUGUCUUCAUCGUCUUUUUUCUUCUUCUUCUUCUUCUUCUUCUUCUUUUUCUUCUUCGUCGUAUUCUUCUUCUUUGUCUUCUUCUUCUUCGCCUUUUUCUUCCUUUUCUGCAUUAUUCAUUAUCUUGUUUUUUCAUUGUUCUAUUUUUUUCACCAAUAUUUUUUUCUUCUUUUUUCAUAUCCAUUAUUAAAAUUUCUUCUUCGUGUUUUUCUUUCACAUUUCCUUCUUUGGUCCUCCUUCUUUUAUCCAUUCUUUUCUUCCGCUUUAAUUUCUCUUUCUUUACUUCCUUCAUAUCUUUUCAUUCUUCUUCUUCUUUUCGAAUUCCUUCAUUUCAAUACGUCAUUUUCCUUCAAAUUCUAUUUCCAUUACCUGUACAUGUUUUUUUUUAAUUUUCUUUCAAUUAUCUCCUUCUUUUUUUUCAAUUGUUUACUUCGUCAUUUCAUUCAGUAUUUUUCAUUCGCCUUGAUUUUCUUUUCUUUUUUUCAUUUUUCUUCAUCUUCAGCUUUCCAGCCAUUUUCUCUUUCAAUCUUUCUUCACUUUUCCCGCCACACACGUUUCACUCUUUCUUUUUAUCUCACCACUCCCUCACUAAUCCCUUUCUCGUUCCAUUUCUUCACUCAUCGUUACCCGCCAUUUAAUCUCUUCUUAUUUCUUUUCCUAUCACAAAUACAGCCCCACCAUUUCCUCACAACGAAUUCUACCAGGUCAUAUCACCCUUCUUUUCUUCACCCGAACGACACCGAUCUCUCGGUGGCAGCAAUGAAAGCUCUGGCUGUCGGAUUUAAACCCUUCAACGCAAUAUUCAUUUUUUUUUCCUUUCAAAGAUGA